GUCCACGACUCCAAGACCUGUGCCCUGAUUGAUAAUUUGGCAAAUAGUUUUGGGAAUGGAUAUAUUACCAUCCGAUCUGUAGCAUGUUGGCUAGUUAGAGAGGCAGAUAGUCAAGCAGUACCCGCUAGUCGAUGAUGAUGGCCAACACAGAAAACUUGUCCCCAACGCGACCCUCCACACCCUCAACCUCAAGCACAGCUGGUCAGCACCAGGAGGAGCAAAAGCCGCUUUUCGCCAGCGAGCACUACCCGCUCGGAGGCGGCAGCAGCAGCAGCAGCAGCAGCAAUGCCAAUACCAAUAGUCCGGUAGUGUCACGUCAGAUGGCCCUCGAGCAGUACCGGUUGCAGCUGUAUAAUUAUGCGCUGAACAUCGAGCGACUUCGGUGUCCGCAAUAUGGAACGGGUAGCUCGCUGCUACCCAGCUGGUUGCAGCCGUCGGCGACCUAUGGUGCCGUACACUCCACCGGCAAUCGCUUGGCGACCCUCUCAACGAUCUCCCUGUUUCCGCAGACACAGCGUAUCUUCCAGCCGGAGGAGCCGAAGCCACAGCACAGCUAUAUCGGCCUCAUUGCGAUGGCAAUACUUAGUUCGAGUGAAUUGAAGCUGGUGUUAUCCGAUAUCUAUCAGUACAUACUCGAUAACUAUCCGUACUUUCGCAGUCGCGGCCCUGGCUGGCGCAACUCCAUACGUCACAACUUGUCGCUCAAUGAUUGCUUCAUCAAAUCGGGCCGCAGUGCGAACGGCAAGGGACACUAUUGGGCAAUUCACCCGGCGAAUAUGGAUGACUUUCGCAAGGGCGAUUUUCGGCGUCGGAAAGCACAGCGCAAGGUGCGCAAGCAUAUGGGUCUGUCGGUGGACGAUGCCAGCACAGAUUCGCCGAGUCCGCCACCCCUCGAUUUAACCACCCCGCCGCCGGUAGUGCCACAGGCUCUCAACUAUCCCUAUCAUCAUCAUCAUCAUCAUCAGGGCAUCAUUGGCGCACAGCCACGACUGGAUUAUCAGCAGCAGCUGCAGCAGCAGCAGCAACUGCAUCCACAACAGCAUCCACAACAGCAUCCACAACAGUAUCCACAACAUCCACAGCACAUUUCGUACAUCAAUUCCACGACGACGACAACAAUUGCGAAUCUUUAUUCGCAGACGCGCAAAAGGCAAUUUGAUGUUGCCUCGCUGCUGGCGCCCGAUGUGCAAAUUGUGGACAUUGUGGAAGAUGAUGGGCAGGUUGCCACACAGACACAGCACACGCUCAUCACCAAGGUGCAGGUGAAGAAGCAACAAAUGAUGCUACUCGAACAGCAUCCACCACCGAGCAGUAACAAUAAUAAUAAUAAUCCCGCUCUCGAUGUGGAUGCCGAGGCGGAAAUUGAUGUCGAGGAUUGCGAGGAGGAGCAAAUUGCAGCCGGUACAACCGGUACUACAACGGGUGCUGCUGUGCCCGCCUACCUCAGCGACGUGGAACUGGAGGAGCGGGAUCCACACAAUUACUCACCAGUGUUGGGCAGCUCAAACGAUUCCAACUCGCUCGAGGAGUGCCCGCUAAACACUGCCGGUACGGCUGCUGACACCCUACUGACACCCGCUGCCGUUCACCCGUUGCCCAUUUCGUAUGUGGAACUUAAUGGCGUCGAUCCGCAGAUACUCAGUCGUUAUUAUGGCAGCUAUAUGGCAGCUGCAGCGAGGCGAGCCAGCCUCGAGGUAGCUGCGAGAGCCCAAUCGAAGACGACCAUGUUGGUUGCCACGCCCCCGCCGGCUAUAUCAACAGAACUGUUACCUAAUAAAUCAUAA